AUGGCGACCCUAGCAGACGAACUGCUUAACGAUUUCGAGGACUCUGCGACCGAAGGCGAGCUCGAUGACGUCCAGCUCAAGGACGAAGACGAGCGUGAUGGCGAUGCCGGGCCAGCGUCUAUCUUACCCGACAGCCUAGGAGAAAGCGGCAAUGAUGAAGAGGGACAGGAGGAGAUUGAUAAAGCGCGGUUCAAGGGCGUUGCUGAUGUCCGAAGUGUUGCGCGCCUGAUGGAGACACUCCAGCCUAUCCUAGAGAAAAUUGCGCACUAUAAGCAGCUGCCUGCUCGCGAACAAACCCGGACAGGCUCAGUUGAAGAUGACGCAGAGUACCACCUCCUCACGCAGUCAAACUCCCUCUCGACAUCGAUCGACAAUGAAAUCACCCUCGUCCACAAAUUCAUCAGAGAUCACUACUCCUCGAGGUUUCCGGAGCUAGAGACGCUGAUCUCGAAUCCAAUCGACUAUGCGAAAACUGUUGCCAUUCUAAAGAACGGGCCGUUCGACGACAUCAAAGCGAUGGCAUCGUCGACGGAUAACCUAGUGGGACAAACGCUGCGAACUAUCCUUGACGGCCCAUCUCUCAUGACCGUCGCCGUGGAGGGAACAACUACCCGAGGCACCCCACUGCCUGCGGAAGAGCUCGAAUGUGUCCUGCAAGCUUGCAAGAUGAUGUUUUCUCUUGAAAAGGCCAAAACUGUCCUUACGGAAUACGUGCAGUCAAGGAUGACUAUGUUCGCUCCAAACCUGACAGCUCUCGUUGGAUCGUUAACUGCCGCUCAACUUCUGAAUUAUGCCGGCGGGCUGACAGGACUUGCUAAAACGCCUUCAUGCAACAUUUCACCCCUCGGCUCUAAAAAGCAGGCUCAAUCUGGGUUUGCCACCAAUGUCGGAAUCCGACACCAGGGCUUCCUCUACCAUUCCCCCAUCAUCCAAGACAUACCUAACGAUUACAAAGUCCAGGCAAUGCGCAUCGUAUCUGCCAAGGUAGUCCUUGCUGCGCGCGUGGACAGAGUACAUAGCAGCCUGGACGGGUCAACUGGAGAACAGCUAAAGCAAGCCUGUUUAGAGCGGCUUGACAAGCUCACCGAACCACCGCCGAAUAAGGGUACCCGCGCUCUUCCCGCACCAGACGACAAACCAUCCCGGAAACGUGGUGGCCGGCGCGCCAGAAAAGCCAAGGAGGCCACCGCUAUGACCGAUCUGCGCAAAGCCCAGAACCGUCUAGCAUUUGGCAAAGAAGAAAAGGAAGUAGGCUACGGAACAGGAGAAGGCACCAAGGGUCUGGGCAUGCUCGGACAGGAGAACCAAGGCCGUAUCCGCGCGACGCAAAUCGAUCCACGGACAAAAGCCAAGCUCAGCAAAUCGAACAAGGGCUGGGGUACGGCGACUCCAGCUCCGAGCCACGCAUCCUCUCUUCGGGCAUUCGGUAGCACGCCUGGGCACGCAUCAAUACUGAACGCCCAGGGCCUCCGUACUGCGGGCGUUGGUCCCGUCGCCGGCUCCGGUACAGCCAGUAGUAUCGCCUUCACGCCAUUCCAGGGCCUCGAACUGGUCGACCCCAAAGCCCAGGCAGAGCUAAAGAGGAAACGGGCGGCAGAAGAAGACCGAUGGUUCAAGAGCGGAACGUUCACUCAGGUUGGAAGCCAGUCGAGCACGGCACCUGAUUCUGGAGCGUUCAAGGUGCCCCGUCUCCCGUCUGGCAAGAAUCCUAGCUCAGGGGGCUCUAACAUGGGGCCUCCUCCUCCGAAGCCUACGCAGUGA